AUGGUGCAAAAAUAUCAGUCCCCUGUUAGAGUCUACAAGUACCCUUUUGAGCUUGUGAUGGCGGCUUAUGAAAAACGUUUUCCCACCUGCCCUGAGAUCCCAGUUUUUCUGGGCAGUGAGAUCCUUCGCGAAUCCAGGAGUGAAGAUGGAGCCAUUCAUAUCAUUGAAAGGAGUUGCAAACUGAACGUGGAUGCACCUCGGUUGCUCAAGAAAAUUGCUGGGGUAGAAUAUGUCUUUUUCAUACAGAAAAAUACAGUGAACUGGAGGGAGAGAACGCUUCUGAUCGAAGCCCACAAUGAGACCUUUUCCAACCGCGUCAUUGUCCUGGAGACAUGCAACUACUCGGUUCACCCGGAGAAUGAAGACUGGACCUGUUUUGAACAAUCUGCAUCCCUUGACAUCAAAUCGUUCUUUGGUUUUGAAAACACGGUGGAGAAAAUUGCAAUGAAGCAGUACACAGCCAACAUCAAGCGGGGCAAAGAAGUAAUCGAGCAUUAUCUGAAGGAGCUGAUAUCACAAGGGAUCACUUUUAUCCCUCGGUGGACUCCUCCAGAAGCCAAAGGGAAUCUUAGGAGGAGGAAUCCAUCUGGAAGCGAUAACGGCACCGUAUCCCAAGAAUCCCACCCCCAUGGUACCGAGAAAGAACAGCGAGGCAACGCCUGCCCUUCCGUGGAGGCUUCCACCCCUGAAGGGGACAAACUGGAUGCCGAUUAUAUAGAACGUUACCUGGGACAAUUAAGCCCCAUGCAAGAAAGCUGCUUGAUCAGACUCCGCCAGUGGCUGCAAGAAAUGCAGAAAGGAAAGAUUCCCAAAGAUGAAUACAUCCUCCGUUUUCUGAGGGCUCGGGACUUCAACAUUGAUAAGGCUCGGGAGAUGCUCUGUCAGUCCUUGGCCUGGCGAAAACAAUAUCAAGUGGAUUACAUCCUGCAAACAUGGAGGCCACCUUCUCUUUUGGAAGGAUAUUACACCGGGGGUUGGCAUUACCAGGACAAAGAUGGAAGACCUCUCUACAUCCUUCGCCUUGGGCAAAUGGACACAAAAGGUCUUGUGAAGGCUCUAGGGGAGGAGUCGCUCCUGCGCCACGUCUUGUCAAUUAAUGAGGAGGGACAAAAGAGAUGUGAAGAAAACACCAACCUCUUUGGCCGCCCCAUCUCAUCCUGGACCUGUUUAGUUGACCUUGAAGGGCUAAACAUGCGUCAUCUCUGGCGUCCUGGGGUAAAAGCUCUCCUUAGGAUUAUUGAAGUUGUUGAGGACAACUAUCCAGAGACUUUAGGAAGGCUUCUGAUUGUGCGAGCACCCAGGGUGUUCCCUGUUCUCUGGACUUUGGUUAGCCCUUUUAUCAAUGAAAACACCAGGCAGAAGUUCCUCAUUUAUAGUGGCAACAAUUAUCAAGGUCCUGGAGGACUUGUAGAUUAUCUGGAAAAGGAUGUGAUUCCAGACUUCCUUGGAGGGGAAUGUGUGUGUAAUGUGCCUGAAGGUGGCCUUGUCCCCAAAUCACUGUAUCAAACAGAUGAAGAGUCUGAAACUGCUGAUCAUAUUCGUCUCUGGACAGAAACCAUCUAUCACUCUGCAAAUAUUUUCAAAGGGGCUCCCCAAGAGAUAGUGGUAGAGAUCCUGGAAGGUGAAUCUGUGAUCACUUGGGAUUUUGACAUCCUCAAAGGGGACGUGGUGUUCAGCCUCUUCCAUUCCAAACGAGCACCCGAGACCAUUCGGAAGGAAUCUGCGAUGCCAACUGCUUUGACGGCUGGGGAAAAUGUACAACUCAUUGGCAAGAGUUGGGUCCUGGGGGUGGACUAUAGCCGAGUGGAGACUCCUUUGGUCUGCCGAGAAGGCGAGAGCAUCCAGGGUUCCCAUGUGACCCGCUGGCCAGGUUUUUACAUCCUCCAGUGGAAAAUGCACAGCCCAAUUCCCUGCACUGGGACCAGCCUCUCUCGAGUUGAUGAUGUCUUGGCUACCCUCCAAGUCUCAAACCACAAAUGCAAGAUCCUGUAUUAUUACGAGGUGCUUGCAUCCAAGGAGUUCAGGGGCUCCAUGACAAGCUUGGAGUCGUGCACGAGUGGAUUUUCACAACUCAGCGGGGCUACCACCUCUUCCAAUCGAUCACAAAGCAGUUCUUUGGUCUCGAGAUAGCAUCGCCUGGGAACACACGGAGUACCGGUCUGGGAACGGCCGGACCAAGAUGUUUUCCGCGAGGCUGCACCCUGGAGCGGCCCACGGAGGCUCAAGGCAGCGUAUAGGAAUGGCC